CACGUCUUGAAAGCUUAAUUAGCUUUAAAUAGAACUAGACUUAUUUAAAUAAAGUAAAUUAUAAUUUUGAUAAAAAUUUAUCUCAGUUAACUCAGAUAAUAAGUUUUCAAUCAUUUUGAAUUGUGAUUUCAAUCAAUUUAGACGAAAAAUAUUAACGCGCUCAAAAAAAACUGACAAAAUGAAGGAAAAAUCCAAAAAUAUGAAUUUAGAAAUAAUCUCGGUGACUUCAAAUGAAGCAGUUCCAGCAGAAGUGGAACAACCAAAAAAGAAGGGAUGGACACUUUUUCGUAAUAACAAGUCAAAAAGUGAGGAAAAUGCAAAGAAAGAAAUUUUCACAGAUGGUGACGACCCUAAUAAAGUCAAAAUAAUCAGUGUCAAGCCAAAAAAUGUGGAAUCGAUUGAACAUGACGAAAAAGGAAAUCUUGAAGAGAUUCAAAUUGUUAAUGUCAAGAAAACUAAUGACGAUAAAGACAAUACAGAACAGGUUGAUGAAGGCAUGAAGACUGCAGAUGUUGCUGUUCCAAAGAGGCGUUGGUACCAAUGGUUUGGAAAACGUUACCAAAAGAAAAGCAAAAAAACAGAAGAAGUGACUGAUAAUAAAGCUCCUUUAGCUGAAGAAGAUGAAGCUAAAGGAACUGAAAGCAUUGAGAUCGAGAUUGCUGAAACUGAGACUUUGCCUUCUAAAGCUGAAUUGAGUGAUAAAGAUGAGCAUGAUAAUGCUUCUAUGGAAACUCCAAUUACUGACCCUGAAAAACGAAAGCGACUAACCUUGAAUUUCUUCCGACGCUCAACAAAGAAGAAUAAGAAAACUGAGAAAGUUUCACCUACUGAAACAAUAAUUGAGGAGAUUGAGAUCAAAACAGAUGAAGACAUUAAAACUGAGACAACUGAUGACAAUAAGGCUGAAAGUCCUGAGAUUGUUGAAUCUAAGGAAUUGGCUAUUAAUGAUGAAUUAGCUAAAGAUGUAGCAAAGGAUCCGCAAAAUCCAAAUGAGGUACAAAAGGAGCCUGCUACCGAUGACAAACCAAAGGAAGGAUCAUCGACAGUUGAAAAAUCUGAGCAAGCAGAAGACACUGCUGAUGUAAAACGUAAAGGAUUCACCCUUAAAAUGUUUUUCCGACGUUCGACAAAAAAGAAUGAAAAAUCGCCAGAAGAAGUUCCAAUAGCUGAAACAUUAAAAGACGAUGAAAAAAUUGCUGAGAUCAAAGAACUUGAAACUGAUCUAGAAAAUGGAAACGCUACAGAUGAAAUUGUCCAGGAAGUUCCAAUUAAAGAACCAACAACUGAAUGUCCAACCAAAAAUGAAGAAUCUCGUGACAUUGAAGUUGUCAUGGAUGAAAACUUUCAAACUAAAGACAAUCAAGACGAAAAAUCGGAAUUAACAAUUGGUGACAAUACAAAUAUUGGUGAUGUCCAGAAUGCUGAUGUUCCAAAAAAUGACGAAAACUUGCCAAUUAAUGACGAUGCUGAAAAAUCAGUAAACUUGAAUGCUGAAACUCCAAUCAAGGAAGUUGAACAAAAAUGAAGAUAUCGAGAUGAAAAAAAAAAAUCUUAAUUAUGUUUUGGAACCAUUGACUUGAUAAUUUGUUAAUCAACUCGACUUAAAGUUAAAAUUUAUUGUAAAAAUCAAGUUCUUCGUGAACGCUGAUUUAUUUGCUUGAAAGAAAAAAAUUGUAAAAUUGUGAUAAUCGAUAAAAAAAAAUUAAUAAAGAAUGGGAAUGACCAAGG